CCGGAUGUUGCUAAGGAACAGUGGGGCGCCUGCUGUGAUAUUACCAAAACGAGCACGGCACAAUGUGUCCCUAUAGCGUUUGCAAGCUUCCUGUGAAUGCGAACGUGUGGAAAUAGUUGUCUAAAUUAUCCUUAUUUUCCCUGUUAUCUUCGAGAGAAGCCCCGGGCCGAAGUGUUCUUGCUGUGUCUUACCCAACACUGGACCAUGAUGGAGCGAAGAAGAGCCUUAACUAUUCCCUUCAAGGUCGACAAGGAUAACUUGAUGGAAAACCCACUCAAAAUCUCCAUGCCAUGUCUUUCACCAGAGUGUGAGAAGUUAGAAAGACAGGUUCCCUGGACUGCAUUUGCAGGUUGCAAACGCAGACAUAGUGAUUCAACGCAUAAAAAUGGAUCCACGCUGUUUGAGCAUAUAACGUUGGAAAUGUCCAGGAGGAAGCCCUGUCUGAUCCUGACUGAUGUCCUAAAGACAGAAAAGGGGCAGGCGUAUAUCGAAAGAAUAAGACGUCGUACUUUGGGAAAUCAAGGACAAGUGUACACGAGUACGCAGAGGGAGAGUGGUCGAUGCAGAGAGGAGUCCCUGAUCAGCAGAGACCUGAGGCCCAAGAAUGAUAAAAUCAAGAGCAUUACCCCUAAAAGCAACCAGAAGACCACCUCAUCCCCUGCUCAAAGGUCAAGACUCAGGAGAAGUUCGCAAAAUGUUGAUGAUGAAGUGGACAAAGAAGAACAAAAGGAUAUUAAGGAGGUUAUAAUCGGAACAGACAACGGAGACGACUUUAAAUUUGCUGAAGUUGUAGAUUGUGGGUUGUCAGUGAGCUGGGAGCCUGCUGAGGACAGAGGAAGUUGUGAUGAGUUCCCCCGAACUAGGAUGAAGGACAGGUGGACUGAUCCAGAAAAAGAAGUGCAACACAGUUCAAAGAGGAAAAGAAAGGAUGCAGGUUCCCACUGCAAUGGGACAGGCAGCCCCAAACGCCACCGCGAGAGUGUGCUUCGGCUCACUGGAGAAGACGGAAGAGAUGGAGGACCGGCUUCGACACACAUUUAUCUGGAGGAAAGUGGAGAAGAUGUAGAUUUGGACAGCCUGGACCGAACCAUUGUACAGUUCACGGUGGGAGCAGAUGAUCAAACGGAGGUUCUGGUCCCGAUCAUCAGUCCUGAUGUGGAGGCUGGAGACUUCAUUGGUACCCCCCAACAAAAUCUUUCUUCUAGCCAGGACAACACGGCCGCAAACAGCCCCUAUGAACCCAUUGUGCUGUCCAGUGAUGAUGAGGGGAGCCAUGAUGCUCCUCGGCCCUGCAGCACAGUGGGCCAAACACUGGUCACUGUGGAAGAUGAAGUAAUACAGAGUGAAUCCUUGCAGGAAGCUUUGGAUGAAGAGCAAGAAGCUUCUAACAUACAGGACAUGCAGGUUUUGCAUGUAGUUGUAAAUCUUCCUCCUUCAGUAGCGGUUCCUCCCACCACCAGUAUGGAUUACUCCUUCUCCACGCUGCACUAUGGAGGUUACCAAGCAAAAUCGAAUGGAGACAUGAUGAUAUUAGAUCAAGAAAUCAUCAUCCCAGUGACAGAUGACGAUGAACAGCUGGGGGUGAUGUUAACCUUGGAGCGUAAAGAACUGAGGAGGUACAGUGUGUGGGAUCAGCAAGAACUGGAGGACCGGCAGUUUCUUUUCCAGGGCAGCAACGAGCCUUUCCCUGUUGCUGUCCUACUGUUUUGUGUGUCAGAAAUGGCUGCUGCUGCUAUAAAACAAGACCUCCUCAAGCUGUGUUUAAAUCAAGACAGAACCACAAACACUGACAAGGUGAGCCCCUUCAUCCUGCUGACUCUGAGGCAUCCUGUGGAGGGAAUGGAGGGGGCUUUGUUACGCUCCCUCCUGGACAUCGACUGUCUCAACAGUCUGGCAGAUGCAAAAUCCAUCCAUUGUGCAGACGGAGUUAGCUGUCUGGAAGACUUUCAAAGUCCCGUUCUGUCUCUGGAUGAAAGCAUAGAUCUGAUUAGGAAAACUGGACUGGACUCUCACCUGCUGUCUCUGCUGGACCUGGAAAGCACUGACCCUAGACUAGACACAGACCAGGAUACUUCACAUUCUGAUACAGACAGAAACACCCCACCACUCAUCCAGCUGGAGGUUGAUUCACAGAAAGAGACACUACCGGAGCUGGAGACAGCGGCAGAACAAGACACAGGGUCAAACCUCGAACCAGAGGAGGACCAGAAAGAAAAAGAGCUGGAAAAUCCCUCAGAGAAGAGAAAGGAGGAGCCCCCUCCUGUGUACACGGUGUGCCAUCGUAGAACCAAAGGAUCGUACUCCGUGUCCCUGUGUAAACCAGACUCCAGCUGGGCUAAAUAUAAACAUCAGGGCCAAGCUCGCAGGUUGAUCCAGUUUCCUCCUCCGCCACUAAAAGGAGGAAUAACCGUCACAAUGGAGGACCUGCAGUGCCUUGAUACUGGGCAUUUCCUCAAUGAUGUUAUCAUUGAUUUUUACCUCAAAUAUCUCCUCCAGAAGGCCCCUGCUUCUGUGGCCGAGCGCUCCCACAUCUUCAGCAGUUUCUUCUACAAGCAGCUGACACGGAGGGACAACGCCAGCGAAGGCGUCGUUACCGAUUCCUGUCAGAGGCAGAGGCGGCACCAACGAGUGAAGACGUGGACACGCCAUGUGGACAUUUUCGAAAAGGACUUCGUUUUUGUGCCUGUCAAUCAGGAGGCUCACUGGUAUUUAGUUGUCAUCUGCUUUCCUGGACUGGAAGAGCCAAAAUCUGAGGCCUGGAGUGGUCCAAACGAUGAGGGACAGGAACAAGAGGUGGCAAAAGGGUCUAAAAGCCCAAAUGAAAACACAGAGACACCACCUACACCUCCGACAUUAAACCACAGCGACAGCAUGGCCACACAGACAGAAAAGCCCCAAGAACAAUCCACCAAAGACCCAGCACCUGGUCCAGUGAACUGCACAGAGCGAACAUACAAGAAGAAAACAAUUUGCAAGAGGCCAUGUAUUCUGAUCAUGGAUUCCCUAAAACUUUCACUUCAUGAGCGAGUCUUCAAACUCUUGCGGGAGUACUUGCAGUCAGAAUGGGAGGCCCGUCGUGGUUCAACAAGGGACUUUGUUCCAGAUCAGAUCCAAAGCUCACACUGCAAAGUUCCCCUUCAAGACAACAGCAGUGACUGUGGCCUGUACCUGCUGCAGUACGUCGAGAGUUUUUUACAGGACCCUGUUGUGCACUUUGAUCUUCCUCUCCAAUUACAACAAUGGUUUCCACGGCAGCAGGUGCGGAGGAAACGAGACGACAUCAGAGACCUGGUACUAAACCUUUACCGAAAACAACACAUGGAUGGUAACAGAUAAAAUAUGUACUGCUCAGUGCAUCACAUUCCUGUAGCCAUUAUAAAUCACUGCUCAUACUGAGCGACGGACAUUUCAGCGUGAUCUGAAAAUAUUUCCCUUGCAUUGAUGCUGUUGUUUAUUGUCUAAAUCACUAACUCAAACCAAACACAUACACCUCUGACCAUCUGUGGAUCCUGUAAGUGAUAUGAAGGCAUAUAAGGUUAACUUAACAAUAAACAGGCGGCUCUCUAACCAGCCAGAAAGAGUUUUACACUAGAUUGUAACUAGACAUGAAAAUGUUUGUACACCCCAUGACUUUUUUUAUUUUUUAGGACAAAUAUUUUAUCAUUUGUAUUUAUUUUAAUUUAGUAUCAUAGGGAGUUGUAGAGCAACAGUAAAACCUAUUUUGUUCUGCAAAUAGUGAAGAGUUUCCACUGGGUUUACUCACUUUGAUGAAGUUUGUUAGACAUUCAAGUUCAGUCUCAGUCGUGGGUUUGCUAAUCAAAACUUGAUGUUGCAUUCUUUACAUCUUUUGCACCUUGAUGAACAAAUACAGUUUGAAAUGAGACAUGAAGCCCUCUGGAACUGAAAUCAGAAUCCCAACAUGAAACUCUGUUUAGCCCUUUUUUCUUUCUCGAUACAUUGAACAAAAAAGUCACUCUUUCAGUCACUCAGUGCCUCACUCAGACAGCCUGUUAGCCUCCCAGUGCCACAUAGGAAACAUGAUAUUCUCUACAAAUGACAACAAACACAGACAAUUUAGUCUUUGUUAUAAACCUGAUUGUUGCAUUUUAUCAUUUAUCUCUCUGUAUUGCCAUGAACCUUGAAAUCAUAUUGGGACACAUGGAUGCUAUCAUAUUAUGCCUGCAUCAAUUGGCAAAUUUAGAUGAAAUGGGGAUAUCAGAUUAUCAAUACAGACUACUGUAUUUUGUUAGUUUGCUGAUAGCAUAUUAUAAACACUAGGUCUGGUAUUCAUGUGGCCUUGAAGUUCCCUGAAGUUCAUUAAAGUCUCUUUGGCAUUAUUAUUUAUUCAUCCAGACUUGACACACUGACCCUUAGAAAGUUGGUGGGUGCUACAAUGUAAACUACUAGCUUCAGUUUUAGACGAAACCUUCAGGAUCCUAUUUUCCCAUGUUUUUGUGUCUUGGGGUACUUUUUUAACCAGCACUUUUUAGUCCAGUUAAAUCAGACUUGGAUUUGCUUUCGCUUAGUGCGGUUCAUUUGGGCAGGUGUGAACUUGGGAACUGCACUCUGCUGCGGACUAAAACAACUGCACAGAGACAUUUUAGAGGAAGUGGUCUUGGUUCAGUCCCAAACGAAGUCUGGAGUGGUUUAUUUGUGGUGGGAAUGGGAUCCGACCUCAAUUGAAACCAGCUACCAGGUGUACUCCUCAAGCAAACUGGAGUUCUAAACUCCACAACAAACUCUUCCCGGCACACCUCUUUCACUUCCAACUCCAAUUACAAAAAAGUUUUGACGCUGUAUACAUUCAGAGUGAGUGUAAAUAUUUACAAAAAACUGUUUCCUAAUUUGAGCAUUAUAUACCUUGUUUUUGUAAUGUAUCCAAUUGAAUGUAAUUCACGAAGGAUUUGCCGAUCAUUGCAUUCUGUUCUUAUAUCACAGCAAACACCUUUUUUUGGGAAUCGGGUUGUACAUUUCUUCUGUCCUUCUCCUUAAGACUCUCCUUAAAACAAAAAUGUGGGAAAAUAACCGAUUGAAAAAUACCCAAACUUUAAGAAAAAAUACUUUGGUACAAAAUGAAGGAUGAAUGGCUCCCAAUCAUACAGUCCAAAUCAUACAAGGGUAUGUUUCUUGUUCACUUGAAUAACUUUAUUCCUUAAUUAUUCUAAUAAGAAUACAUAAAGUUUAGGGGUGCACAUACAUUAACAUGUGUAUGCUCUCCAUGUAAAACCGAAUUAAUUAACACCUUAGAGACAUUCAGUCCUGUUGCCUGAAUUCUUCUCAGCAGGGUUCAGUCUUGAUAGUGUUGUACUUUUUCCCCUUUUUGUUAGGAUGUUUAUAUCUUUUUUAACACUUUAUGACAUUUAUGAUGUUUUUUUUAGACAUUGUGUUGGAUGAAUGUUCAGGGGCUGAUUCCAAAAUAUCUUUGGUUUUGAUGGUAUAUUAAAUCUUGUAGACCAAAUUA